AUGGCGUAGUCAGCGUGCGCGAUUGAUUGCAGAGCGGCGCGGCUCCGCGACCGCCAGUCGUCAGUGUUCAAUUCAAUUAUUAAUUCGCCGCGCGAGCCGCGGGCCGUAGGUCGGUCGUGGUCGAGUACGCGGGGCCGGCGCGUUCCCCGUAAGUGUUGUUGUAUCGAGUAUUUCCCGGUGUUCCAAGUGACUAUUAUGAGUGACAGGGACAGGUCGUCGCCUUCCCUCACGGACACCCCGCUGAAGACUUACAUCGGCAGACACGACGACGACUACCCCCUCAUAAACGGAAACGAUUUCCUGAACCACGGGGCUAGUUUCAACAAAAAAUACGGCAAGUCGGUGAACGCUAAGGAUGCCCUCGAGGACAAGAAAGAUGACAACGAGCUAUGGGAGGCGCAGGCCGCCUUCCUCGGCCCCAAUCUCUGGGACAAGACGCUGCCCUACGACCCUGAUCUCAAGUACGUGGACUUAGACGAGUUCCUGUCCGAGAAUGGAAUGCCGGGAGAGGCGCUCGGUGGGGCGCACCUGGGCGGUGCGGCGUUCGGCACGGGCGCCGGGCUCGCGCUCGGCCUCCAGGCGCCUGUCACCAAGCGGGAGCGGUCACCUUCACCCUCCGACUGCAUGAGCCCCGAUACCAUCAACCCGCCGCUAUCACCCGCCGACUCUACAUUUUCAAUGGCGUCGUCGGGACGCGACUUCGAUCCUCGGACUCGCGCCUUCUCCGACGAGGAGCUCAAGCCUCAACCCAUGAUCAAGAAAUCCCGGAAACAGUUCGUGCCCGACGACCUCAAAGAUGACAAGUACUGGGCACGCAGACGGAAGAACAACAUGGCAGCCAAGCGGUCACGUGAUGCGCGCCGCAUGAAGGAGAACCAGAUCGCCCUCCGCGCUGGCUACCUCGAGAAAGAGAACAUGGGUCUGCGGCAAGAAGUUGAGUUGUUGAAGAAAGAGAAUCACAUCUUGCGUGAGAAGCUGUCCAAGUACGCGGAUGUAUAGGCGGUACACCCCACCUCCUCCCCCCGCAUAGCACAAACACGGCACAUGACACGUGUGCGCGGCCGCCGGGCCCCGCACCGGGCCCCGAGCCCCGCCCGCCGCCGCACCGGCUCUGGACACUCUUUUCUCUAUUUUAUCAUUCGAUUUAACUCUUUGUUUCAUAAAACAUACAUUUAUCUUUGUACUUCAUACGAAAUUCUUAGGCAUAACAUGUUCAAUAGCUAUUAUUCAGUUCUAUGCAUUUCUGUUACGAAGUUGAAAGUUUUCUGUUUUCUUGAUUUUCAUCAACGAGUUUUGUAAAAUUUGGUCAAUUCGAAUAUAUGUUAACUAAAUAUUGAUCUAAAUGUAAAAGUGAGAGUAAUGUACGAGUUAAAAAUGACUGUGAAAUCACUAUUUUGUUAGCCUUUUAGUUUCAUACUAAAUCACCAUCUAUAUAUAUAUAUAUAUAUAUAUAUAUAUAUAUAUAUAUAUAUAUAUAUAUAUAUCACUUGUGUUAUGUUUUACUUCUGUAGAUUUAUUUUAAUAAUGCAGUUACCGUAAGUUUAUGGACUUAGUUUAAUAGAUAAAUCUUUAACCAAAGUUCCGCUUGGACUCAGAUCUUUCGUCGUUUCUAAUGCCUUCAUCGGACAACAGUUCGACACUCAACAGGGUUAGUCAACGACGUACGGACCAAAAUUGUUUGCAAAUUAUUUAUUAUCGAAGAGAUAUGUCGUGUCCCGUCCCGAGCGCGGCCGCGACGUCGUGCCACGGCGUUGUCCGACCGAGUGCGGUUUAUUUUAAUAAGUUAAUGUUGUUGAAUAUUUAUAUUGAGCCGGCGCCGGGGACUCGCCCCGCCGCCGCACCACGCAAGAUUGCUCAAGUGGCUCGCGUACGCAUGCGCAACUAUGUAGUGGCUGCCUCUGUAUAUAGAUAGGUUUAAUAAGGCCUCGAGCCGGCCUGGGCCGUCCGGGCCCGUCCGUCCGCCCGGCGCCGGCGCCGCUCGACGUCCCUCACUGUAGCUCGCUUCGUAGGACUGCUCCGUAUGAGAUUAGAUCCUAACGGGAGAAAUGGGGCGCCCGCGCACCCUUACUCCGUACGUACCCUCUGUCAUUUCUGUAGUGAGCGAACACUAGUUUCGUUUCAAAUUUACUUAGUAAAUAGUUUAAGUAGUUGUAGUUUCUGUAGUGUAGUCGUUAUUAGUCUAUUUUUGUUAUGGCUGUAGUUGUUAACGUUUUUGAAAGUUUAUAUUAUUUUUUUUUAGUUUUAAAGAGACUUGCGUAUUGUGUCGAUAAGGGCAUAUAGAUAUAAUCAGGCGCUUCGCGCCGCUGAGCAUCCAUCCCUUCGCCCCCUCCCAGUGUCCGCAGUGGGGGAGGCCGGGGCCCGAGGUUGUCCGUCGGACCCCGUGCGCUUCCUUGCCGCUCCUCGCGUCUCUGGACGUUUCUCCCGCACUCUAUUUGACUCGUGCUAUUGUUAUAAUAUAUUUUUGUAGGUUUUUGUCGUUGAUAAAUGAGUCAAUUGAAUGUUUAUUGAAUUGAAGAAAAAUUAAUGUUUAUAAACUAAGACUAAGAAGUUGUUGCAUUUGAAAGUAUUUUAUGGAUACAAAGCGAGAACAAUAAAAUGUUUUUUCUAUAAAGGUUUACAUGUGAGGGAUUCUACAAAGGUGUGAAGGUUAACUUUGAAAUGCACUGUUUCAUAUCAAAUGAUAUUAUAUGUAUUAAAAACUUAAUGUUUACUGCCACGUAUGGCGGCGUUUGAUAUUCCAUCUUGUUUGUUAAACAAUAUACAUGCCUACUUUGAAUUACUCAUUAUUAUGUAUUGUAUUAAUUAUAUAAAUAGUUUCACCGAAAGUUGUAACAUGGGUAUAUUAAUGUAAUGAAUAUAUUAAGUGAUAGGAAGGAAUCGUAUGUAAGAACAAGUGGUUUAUGUAUACCUACCUAUGUUAAAUGUAUCUAUUGGGCCGGCCGGGGCCCGUGGCAACGCAGGGAAAGUGCUACAACCGCGUACCGCGUGCCUGGGCCCCGCGCCCCUGUAACCUCGCCCACUCCGGCCCUCCCCCCCCUCCCCGCACCCCCGCUCCUGCACCCCUCCCUUUCUUUAUUUAUUUAUUACCUUAGCGUUGCAACAACAUAAAACCAUAAUGAUUUCGAUGUACGAGUAGUAUUUUGUUUGACUUUAAACGGUUCUAUGGAUUGAAAUAAACGUGAAUUGUUGUAAUCAUGAUUAGUUUUUUUUAUACUUUUGCGCCAUGGGCGGGGGGCUGGGGGCGUCGCUAGUUAGUUGUGGAGUACGCAGUAGGUACUUAAUGAUAACGCUGGCAGUCUAGCGACCUCACGGCUAUAGGAAGCCGCUUACAUGCCGCUGAUACGUUUCUCGAUCGGUGUUUUAUGUAAUAAAUCAUGGUAAAAGUACCUUGCACACAAUACGA